AUGAGAACUAAUAUCUAUCUAUCUAUCUAUCUAUCUAUCUAUCUAUCUAUCCUAUCAUUAAAGGAUUUCUAUCUCAUGCAAAACUUUGUCUAUCUAUCUAUCUAUCUAUGUCAGUCUGUUCCACUCUCUUUGUCUGUCUGUCUAUCUAUCUAUCUGUGUCAGUCUGUUCCUCUCUCUCUCUCUAUCUGUGUCAGUCUGUUCCUCUCUCUCUAUCUAUCUGUGUCAGUCUGUUCCUCUCUCUAUCUAUCUGUGUCAGUCUGUUCCUCUCUCUAUCUAUCUAUCUGUGUCAGUCUGUUCCUCUCUCUAUCUAUCUAUCUGUGUCAGUCUGUUCCUCUCUCUAUCUAUCUAUCUGUGUCAGUCUGUUCCUCUCUCUAUCUAUCUGUGUCAGUCUGUUCCUCCACCUCUCUCUAUCUGUGUCAGUCUGUUCCUCCACCUCUCUCUAUCUGUGUCAGUCUGUUCCUCUCUCUCUCUCUAUCUAUCUAUCUGUGUCAGUCUGUUCCUCCACCUAUCUGUGUCAGUCUGUUCCUCUAUCUAUCUAUCUAUCUAUCUAUCUGUGUCAGUCUGUUCCUCUCUCUCUCUCUAUCUAUCUAUCUGUGUCAGUCUGUUCCUCUCUCUCUCUCUAUCUAUCUAUCUGUGUCAGUCUGUUCCUCUCUCUCUCUCUAUCUAUCUAUCUGUGUCAGUCUGUUCCUCUCUCUAUAUAUCUAUCUACCUAUGUCAGUCUGUUCCUCUCUCUCUCUCUAA